CCUUUUCUUCUCCAGAGUGGCGUUCCUGUCAGGCCCCGGCUGGUCCUGGGUCGGGGAAGGCGGAGGGCUGCCGCCGCAGUGUGCCCAGGAAUGCUGCUGCAGGAGUGAACAGCCUUUGGUGGGAGAGGAGUUUAAUUGUGGCGGUACACCUGGAAGCGAGUGAGCGUGUGAUCCCGCCCCAUGUGAUUGAAAAGGGCGAGGAGGUGACUGUGCAGUUGGUGCAGUUUGAGCAUUUGCAUGGUUCAUCCAGACCGGUUGGGUUUUAAUCUAAGUAACUACAAACUUAAUACCACAACUGACAGAGGAGAAAGCUGUUAGAGAUGAUGCUUGUAUGAGUCCAAGGAGCAGUAACAAAAUGACAGCUCUCAACUGGAAGCCCUUUGUCUAUGGUGGGCUGGCCUCCAUCACAGCCGAAUGUGGCACAUUUCCAAUUGAUUUAACCAAGACGCGGCUCCAGAUACAAGGCCAGAGGAAUGAUGCAAACUUUAAAGAAGUCAGGUAUCGAGGAAUGUUGCACGCUUUAGUAAGGAUAGGCAGAGAAGAAGGACUGAAGGCGCUGUAUUCAGGGAUUGCCCCUGCAAUGCUGCGCCAGGCUUCCUAUGGCACCAUCAAGAUUGGCACUUACCAAAGCCUGAAGCGGUUGUUCGUUGAGCGCCCUGAAGAUGAAACCCUGCUGAUCAAUGUCAUAUGUGGGAUUCUCUCUGGAGUCAUAUCCUCAGCCAUUGCUAAUCCAACUGAUGUUUUGAAAGUAAGCUUAGAGAUACGAAUGCAAGCGCAAAACAGCACCAUUCAAGGAGGAAUGAUAGGCAACUUCAUUAACAUUUACCAGCAGGAAGGGACGAGAGGACUCUGGAAGGGGGUAUCCCUUACAGCUCAGAGAGCUGCGAUUGUUGUUGGUGUGGAGCUUCCGGUCUAUGACAUCACCAAGAAGCACCUGAUUAUCUCAGGCCUGAUGGGAGACACUGUAUAUACCCACUUCCUCUCAAGCUUCACCUGUGGUCUAGUGGGGGCCCUGGCCUCAAACCCUGUUGAUGUUGUGAGGACCCGUAUGAUGAAUCAGAGAGUCGUUCGGGGUGGCAGCUGCUCUGGCUACACAGGGACCCUGGAUUGCUUGUUACAGACAUGGAAGAAUGAAGGUUUCUUUGCUCUCUAUAAAGGAUUUUGGCCAAAUUGGUUGAGGCUUGGUCCUUGGAAUAUCAUCUUUUUUGUGACAUAUGAACAGCUGAAGAGAUUGGAUUUGUGACGAGUAAAGGCUGCAUGAGGCACCCUCUGAAAACGCUAACUUCUGCAACAGUAGAGCUUUCGGCAUUUCUCUCUGCUUUUCACUGCUCAGUUCAUCACAGAUUCUGGGAUGGGAGCAACAGAUGAAGAUCGAGAUUAGUUCAGAUUGCUGUGUGUUGGCAUUAGAUGCCUUUCAUAGUGUUUGAUGGCCUAAACUUUGGCACACCAACACUGGUCCUUACCAUUGAAGUGCCCUUUGACAUCCAAGAUAAUAUAUGAAAUGCAUGUUUUUUACUAAAGAAAAUCAGGAAUGUGUACCGUUUUCUUCUGGGAGAGUAGCCCCUGAUGCCUCCCAGCUCCCAGCUGCAAGUAUCAGACUGCCCUGAAAAGUUCCUGGAAACUAUGCGUGGGAGCCUCUGUGAGGGUGUCACUGUUCCAGAACAGCUGGGAGCUUUGGCUUCCUGUCAGCUGAGGACAUUUGUUCAUGGAGACUUGGACUUUUUUUAAGCCCAGGUAUAGACAGUGCAGGGAAUAAAUCCUUUCACUGCUUUAUAGUUUCCUUUUUUGUCAGGAUCUCUCACUUAUAGUAAGUGAUUUUAAGCCUCUGAAAUGUUGACCUUUGUGAGGAAUUGUUACAAUGUGUUAAUGCCUAAGUUAAUGGUAGUGUAAUGUGUUGACUUCAAAGGUUACACUGACUUGAUGGAGAUGUUUUCAAGCAGCUUGGCUUCUGUUUUAGGUAAUAUUAGUAAUUACGAGUUUUAGCAAAGUUUAUCGUUUCUGAUUUUAAAAUGGGGAUAAUUACUGUAAGGAUUAAAUGAAGAAAAAAUAGGCAGAGCUGGACAUGGUGGUACAUGUCUAUAAUUUAUUGACUUAGUUGAAACUUCGUAGUGAAUUGAAGAGUUGGAUUUCCCAGAUUUCUAACUUUUAGUUUAUGUUGUAUCUUAAUGUUUUCUGUUUUGGACACCCUAGUUUGGUAGAAAAUACUUGCUUUUUUUUUUUGUCUUUUUGAGACAGGGUCUC